AACCUCCAAUUAUUUUGUUUACGCUUCUUUGUAAUUUUUUGGUUAUUUUUUAGUUUUGAGCACGAACCAAGACAUUCGUUUCCAGUCCAUAAUAUCUUAGUUCGUGGUUUUGAGGAUUUUAUUAUUCUGUGGAUACUAAAAUUUAUAUUACCAAAGUUCGGUUCUUUUAUUUUCUAGAGUCCAUAUUAUAGAUACUAUGUUAUAGCCCAUUAGUGAUUUCGAUAAUCGAAUGUAAACAAAUUCUAUAUAACUUAUAACUUAUAAGUAAAAACAAAGAUGGCCUCAUUGAGUAAAAAUUUGGAACCAUAUCAUAGCAGCGACGAAGGAGGAGGAAAUUCCAAGGAGGAACAGAGGCGUCAACUCACAUGUAUAAACAGGCGUUGUAGAAAUGGUGAUACUUUGAUCGAAGCGAUGGAAAUAGCGUGCACUUACUAUGACGUUGAUUACAAGCCUGGCAAAGAGGUUUGCAUGACGUGUUUUAUAAAUUGUCUUAAACAUUAUAAAUAUCUCGAAAUGAAAUGGAAGGAGGGAAAAUGUAUUAUGGAAUCCAAUUUUCCGUGUUUCGAUUCAUACUUAGUUAUUGAUGAUUCAUCGGGUGAAGAAGAAGAAGAAGAAGCAGAAAAAGAAAAGCAAAAACCUAGUACUUCUAAGGUUGGUUUACCUCCCAACCCAGUAAUUAAAAAAGCAAUGGAUUGGACAGUCGUCAAUUUUUUUGAUAGAAACAUACAUCUCUUUGAGCGACAAAUUAAAUUAAGCGACAAGUAUAUGGAUGAAGGAAUAAAGCAAUGUCAGGCUGAAGCGGAUGAAAUUGAUGAAUUUAUUUUUAAUUUAGAAAAUCAAAUGGAAUCAUUAAAAAAUGAAAUAUAUAGUCCAUAUGAACCAAUUGUAACGAGCUUAGAACCUGUGGAUAUCGAUGAGUUGGAGGAUAAUAUGGAAGAGGAACAAGAAGAAGUCAAUAUUCCUCAAAAAGAAAUAAAUAAGUUUAUAGCGGAAAUCAAGAUGCCUAAAGAAGCCAAAAAGGUUAAAUCAGAUAACUCUAAGAAAUCUGAUAUAUCUGAUAAGGACGAUAUUAUUACUAUUGAUAGAACCGAAUCUGAUAAGGACGAUAUUAUUACUAUUGAUAGAACCGUUUGUGUUGUACCAGCUAAUUUACCUGUAGAAGGGCCUUUAGAGUAUCCUGGUGUUGAGGCUGGACAAAUUGUAUAUGCAAUGAAGUUAACUAAAAACGAUCCGUGGUAUAUAGCUAAAAUUAAAAAUAUAGUUAAUGAAGAUUAUGUACAUGUUAUGUUCUAUACUGGUGAAAAGUUAGUGACAACAAAACAAAUUGCACACCAUACACUGAAUUCAGUAAGAUUUCCUGUGGGUUGCAGAGUAAUUGCUAAGUUUACUGAUCCUAAUUCUAAAUACACUGAUGAAUUUUAUGCUGGUUUAAUUGCUGAACCUCCAAAAAUGCUUAAUAACUUUCGAUACUUGAUUUUUUUUGAUGAUGGUUGUGCUCAAUAUCGACACCACCAAGAUAUUCGUUUAAUUGCACGUAGAGCAAGUUCACAUUAUGUAUGGAAAGAAGUAGAAGAGAAUUCCCAGGAUUUUAUAAAAAGUUAUUUAGAAAAGUAUCCUGAACGGCAGAUGGUUAAGUUGACCAAACAACAUUCAGUACGAGCAGAGCAUCAAGGUCAGUGGCACACGGCAAAAGUACUUGAAGUUGAUGCAUCUUUGGUCAAAUUAUAUUUUACCGAUUUCAAACAUACUGAAUGGAUAUAUCGUGGCUCUUCACGUUUGUAUAAUAUUUUUGAAAAACAGAUGAACUCUGAGAGAGGUAUUCGAUUAAGGCAAUCUGGACUAGCUUAUUUAAAAAAACCAUUUGUAGAAUUCACAAGUGUAGAAGAAGAGCCCUCCCGCCUUUUAUCUAAAGUUGUAACUCGUAAAAGUACCGGCAAAAAUUCAACAACCUCUGGUGACGGAACUCAAAAAUGGAAUAAAAAUAAGGCCAAUGCUACUAAGGUUUUUGACCUAUUUUUACCUAAAAAUGCUCCUAAUCCACUAAGAAAUAACAAACACAAAUGUACUCCUUUAUGUAUUGCAUGGACAAAAUACAACUAUGAUAGAACUAGGUCUAUCAACAUGUUGACUAUUCCAUUACAUUUUGGUUUCGACAGGAUUCAAACAGUCUUUAAUAAUAAAUCUCAAAAAUGUGUCCUGUACAGAACCCCGUGUGGUGUAACUAUUCGAAACUUGAAACAGAUGCUGAAAUAUCUUAUUGCUACCCAAAGUGCAAUGACUAUUGACCAAUUCGAUUUUAAUAGUUGGGUCAAACCAUUUGCAGAGUAUAAAAUCUUAAAAAGUGUGCAAUUUUUAGAAGAUAUAUCCGAGGGCCAGGAAUUUAGGGGCAUACCAUGUGUGAAUAUUAUUAACAGUACAUUACCACCAAAAAUGGAUUAUAUGACUACUAGACAACCAAUGCCAGGUGUUAACAUAAAUGUAGAGAGUAAGUUCUUAUGUGGAUGUGACUGCACUGACAACUGUCAAGAUAAAUCAAAAUGUGCUUGUUGGAAGAUGACUAUCGAAGGACAGAAGAUUUUACCUAAUCUUUACAAAGAUCCAAAUAUUGGUUACAAUUAUCGAAGAUUGCCUGAACGAGUUUUAACAGGUAUUUAUGAAUGCAAUAAGACAUGUAAAUGUUCCAGUUCAUGUUUAAAUCGUGUGGUACAGAAUCCACUGUCGCAAAAGUUACAAUUAUUCAUGACUGAGAAAAAAGGAUGGGGUGUUCAAUGUUUGAAUGAUAUACCUCAAGGGAGUUUCAUAUGCAUUUACGUUGGUUAUUUGUUAACUGAAACUGAUGCUAAUGAAGGUGGGAAAAAUUAUGGCGAUGAAUAUUUGGCAGAAUUGGACUAUAUUGAAGUUGUUGAAAAAAUAAAAGAAGAUUAUGAAAGUGAAGUACCUGACAGUGACCCUGAAUAUGAAACUGAGACAAAUCAAUCUGAAUCAUCCGAAGAACAUUAUCCUAGUACAUCUGAUGGUAGAAGAUCUGGAAUGUCAUUAAAGUUGCGCAAGCGCAAUAAAUCAAAAACAAAAAAAGAUGGUAAACAUGUGCAGGUUUUGUCCAAAUUAAAUGCACGCAAUAUGAAAAACAACCCUAAACCUCCAAAAUCAGUGCGUGAAUACUUUGGAAACAACGAGAGUGUAUAUAUCAUGGAUGCAAAAACUAGUGGCAACAUUGGACGUUAUUUAAACCAUUCGUGUUCUCCAAAUACAUUUGUCCAAAAUGUAUUUGUGGAUACUCAUGAUUUACGGUUUCCAUGGGUAUCAUUUUUUGCACUCCAUUAUAUACCAGCUGGAACAGAGUUAACUUGGGACUAUAGCUAUGAUGUAGGAAGUGUUCCGGGAAAAAGGAUGAAAUGUCAUUGUGAGUCACUUUACUGUAGAGGAAGAUUGCUGUAAUUAUGUAUGAAUUAGUUUACUCAUAUGCAGUCAUGAGGCUGAAACAAUAUGUAGUUACUAAUUAACUUUGAUAUAAUACUUGAGUAAUUUUUUUUUUUAUAAUAUUUCAAAUGUUUCAAA